UCUUUUCCGUGAAAACCCCGAAAUGCUCUCUCUCCCUCUCCUUCUCCCUCUCCCGUCGGCGUAAAGGCUGAAUCCACGGCCCAUCCAUGCCGCCGAGCGUGGCGGCGCCUCGCAGCUUGAGGAGGCUGUUCUCAACCUCUUCGUUCUUUCCUCCGCCGGCUGCGGCGGCGGCGGCGGCGGCGGUGGCUCAGCCCCGGGUGGAGCCAGAGCCCAACACCAACCUAUUUGUCUCAGGGCUGAGUAAACGUACUACUACGGAGAAACUACGGGAAGCCUUUUCUCAGUUUGGUGAAGUUGUUCAUGCUAGGGUGGUGUCUGACCGGAUUUCAGGAUAUUCAAAGGGUUUUGGCUUUGUCAGAUAUGCCACGUUAGAAGAUGCUGCAAAAGGUAUUGAGGGUAUGAAUGGAAAGUAUCUAGAUGGUUGGGUCAUAUUUGCUGAGUAUGCAAGGCCCAGGCCACCACCUGCCUCGCCUCUGAACAACGGGUUUCCUUCAUACGGUCAUCAAUGAAUUUUUUCUUUCCAUUGCUGACACUUCCUCCAUGCUAACAGCUGAUCGGCCUUUGAGGGUGUAGUAUCUCUGGCCAGAGUAACUUCUUAUCGGCAUGCAAUUUUCUGGUUGUCGGAGAUCAGCCUUGUAUUAGAGAAGGAACAAAAUCACUGAAAUGGAGGCCAACAUUUUCCAAAUCAACGAGUCUGUUGUCUGCUGAAGUUCUCAUCUGCUCUGAGUCUCAUGAUCUUUUCUUGCAUAAGAGCCCAAGAAUCACCGCAAGGUUUUAGGAUUACAUGUAUCCAAAAGAGUUUCAUUGGAUGUACAUAUGAGAUCAAUGCAAAGUUAAGUUCUUUUUCUUGCA